CCGCCGUGUGUUUACGUGGAGACGAAGAUGGCGGCGGCGGCGGUGACGGCGCUGCCCGUGUGGCCGAGGACGGUCAGCCAGUGAGCGCAGAGACUGGUUCCACUCCGCGCAGGGGGAGCGCCGGGCUCGGCCCUGCUCCCUGGGCCGCCGAGCCUGCAGUCUCACCUCCUUCUGAAUCGACCUUUCCUUUCUACCCUCGACUCCCUCCCUGUCUUCCCUAGCCUUCUCCGCAGAGGCCAUGGAGGACGAGGAGAGACAGAAGAAGCUGGAGGCCGGCAAAGCGAAGCUUGCCCAGUUUCGACAAAGGAAAGCUCAAUCUGAUGGGCAGAAUCCUUCUAAGAAGCAGAAAAAAAAGAGGAAAACUUCAAGCGGUAAACAUGAUGUGUCAGCAUACCAUGCUUUGAAUAUUGAGCAAGCACAGAAUGAUGAGAUGUACAUAAAUAGUUCUCAGAAAGUAGGAUCAGCUGUGACUCCUGAGUCCACAAUAAUGAGACCUCUACAUGGUGGAGAAAUAAUCAAACAUGACCAGGUUUUCUCUGUUGAACCGGAAAGUGAAAUUUCAACCACAGCAGAUGAUUAUAGUUCAGAGGUAAAUGGUUGCAGCUUUGUGGUGAGAGCAGAAAAACCUACAAAUUUAUUAAGGGAAGAAGAAUUUUGUGUUGAUGAUUCUUCUUCUGAACAUGGAGCACAGUUCAGUCACACCCACAUGGAGAUGGAACAUGAAUUGGCUGGGAAACAGCAUGAGAUUGAAGAGCUAAACAGGGAACUGGAAGAAAUGAGGGCCACCUAUGGGACUGAAGGACUGCAGCAGUUACAAGAAUUUGAAGCUGCCAUUAAACAAAGAGAUGGCAUCAUAACCCAGCUCACUGCUAAUUUACAACAAGCAAGAAGAGAAAAGGAUGAGACAAUGAGAGAAUUUUUAGAGUUGACAGAACAAAGUCAAAAAUUACAGAUUCAAUUCCAGCAUUUACAGGCUAGUGAAACUCUGAGAAACAGCACUCAUAGUAACACAGCUGCAGAUUUACUACAAGCCAAACAACAGAUCCUCACUCAUCAGCAGCAACUGGAGCAACAAGACCAUCUACUAGAAGAUUAUCAAAAAAAGAAAGAAGACUUCAAAAUGCAAAUUAGUUUCCUACAAGAGAAAAUUAGGACAUAUGAAAUGGAACAAGAUAAAAAGGUAGAAAGCUCAAAUAAAGAAAUACAGGAAAAGGAGGCAAUCAUUGAAGAAUUAAGUACAAAAAUAAUAGAAGAAGAAAAGAAAACUCUUGAGCUAAAGGAUAAAGUAACAGCUGCUGAUAAAUUACUAGAAGAAUUACAAGAACAUGUUCUACAAAAGAACCAAGAGUUAAAAAAUGUGAAAUUAGAGCUGACUAAUUCCAAGCAAAAAGAAAGACAGUGUUCUGAGGAAGUAAAACAAUUAAUGGGAACAGUUGAAGAACUUCAGAAGAAAAAUCAUAAAGAUAGCCAAUUUGAAACUGAUAUUCUACAACGAAUGGAACAAGAAACACAAAGAAAGUUAGAACAACUCCGGGCGGAGCUGGAUGAGAUGUAUGGGCAGCAGAUAGUGCAGAUGAAACAAGAGUUAAUAAAACAACACAUGUUACAGAUAGAAGAACUGAAAACACGACACAAGGGAGAAAUGGAGAAUGCUUUAAGAUCGUAUCCAAAUAUUACAGUUAAUGAAGAGCAAAUAAAGUUAAUGAAUAUGGCAAUAAAUGAACUGAAUAUAAAAUUGCAAGAUACUAACUCUCAAAAGGAAAAACUCAAGGAAGAACUAGGAGUAAUUUCAGGAGAAAAGUCUGCUCUACAGAGACAACUUAAAGACCUUUUUGAAGAAUUGAGCUUUUCAAGGGACCAAAUUCAGAGAGCUAGACAGACAAUAGCUGAACAAGAAAGUAAACUCAAUGAAGCAUAUAAGUCCCUUAGUACAGUUGAAGAUUUGAAAGCUGAGAUUGUUUCUGCAUGUGAAUCCAGGAAGGAACUAGAAUUAAAACAUGAAGCAGAAGUUACAAAUUAUAAGAUAAAACUUGAAAUGUUAGAAAGAGAAAAGAAUGCUGUGUUAGACAGAAUGGCUGAAUCACAAGAAGCUGAAUUAGAGAGGCUGAGGACACAGCUUCUGUUUAGUCAUGAAGAAGAACUUUCCAAACUGAAGGAAGAUUUAGAAAUUGAACAUCGAAUAAAUAUUGAAAAACUUAAAGAUAACUUAGGUAUUCACUAUAAACAGCAGAUAGAUGGCUUACAGAAUGAAAUGAGUCAAAAGAUAGAAACCAUGCAGUUUGAAAAAGACAAUUUGAUAACUAAGCAGAAUCAAUUAAUUUUGGAAAUUUCAAGGCUAAAAGAUUUACAGCAGUCCCUUGUGAAUUCAAAAUCAGAAGAAAUGACUCUUCAAAUCAAUGAACUUCAAAAAGAAAUUGAAGUACUCAGACAAGAAGAAAAGGAAAAGGGUACACUUGAACAAGAAGUUCAAGAAUUACAACUUAAAACUGAAUUAUUGGAGAAACAAAUGAAAGAAAAAGAAGAUGACCUUCAAGAAAAAUUUGCACAACUUGAAGCAGAGAAUAGCAUUCUUAAAGAUGAAAAGAAAGCCCUUGAAGACAUGUUGAAAAAAUAUACUCCUGUUAACCAAGAAGAAAGAUUAAUUUUCAUAGAUUCCAUUAAGUCCAAACCCAAAGACUGUAGCUGUCAAAAAGAAAUAGAAAUACUUACAGAGGAAAAUGAGGACCUCAGAAAACAGUGUAUUCAACUAACUGAAGAGAUUGAAAAGCAAAGGAACACUUUUUCAUUUGCUGAAAAAAAUUUUGAAGUUAACUAUCAGGAGUUACAGGAGGAUUAUGCUUGCCUUCUGAAGGUAAAAAUGGAUUUAGAAGAGAGUAAAAAUAAACAAGAAGUAGAGUAUAAAAGUAAGCUUAAAGCACUUAGUGAAGAGCUUCAUCAUUUGCAAAGAAUAAAUCCAACUAUAGUGAAAAUGAAAAGUUCAGUCAUUGAUGAUGACAAAGCUUUUAUAGCAGAACCAUUGGAAAUCGGUGAGGUUGUUGAGAAAGAUACAACAGAACUUAUGGAAAAACUUGAAGUAACCAAGAGAGAAAAAUUAGAACUGUCAGAGAGACUCUCUGAUCUUUCUGAACAAUUAAAACAGAAACAUGGUGAGAUUAGUUUUCUAAGUGAAGAAGUUAAAUCUUUAAAGCAAGAGAAAGAGCAAGUUUUAUUGAGAUGUAGGGAACUAGAAAUCAUAAUUAACCAUAAUAAGACGGAAAAUGUAAACGUCUGUGAUGUUCAGUUAAAGUCUUUAAGAGAGAGAGUUGUGACUAUGACAAGCGGGGAGUCUGGAGGGCCAAUUUCUAAAAUAAAUAAAGAUUUUGGUGAAGAAUCAAAAAUGAUGAAGGAAGAUAAAAUUUCUUUUGAAAAUAUGACUAUUGGAACAGAAAGCAAGCAAGAACAGUUAGUUUUGAGUCACUUGCCAUCAGCAACGAACGAAUCAUUGCCUGAGACAACGGAACCGAGUGAGAAGGAUAAACUUCAGCAGGAACUCAGUGUACUUAAGUCCGAACAGAAUGAUUUAAGGCUGCAGAUGGAAGCUCAACGUAUAUGCCUCUCUCUGGUUUAUUCAACUCAUGUGGAUCAGAUUCGUGAAUUUAUGGAAAAUGAAAAAGGUAAAGCUCUUUGCAGUCUUAAAGAGGAGCUUAUUUCUGCCCAAGAGGAAAAGAUCAAGGAACUUGAGAAAAGGCACCAGCUAGAGCUACAGAAUAUAAAAACACAAGAAACAGGUGAUGAAGUGAAGUCUUUGCAAGUGCUUGUUGGGAAACUUCGCAAGGCAGUGUCUGAAGAAUGUUCUUAUUUUGCACAGACUUUUGGCAACGUACUUGGUGAACGUUAUACUCCUGUUUUAAAAUGUGAGGUAGAUGGAGAAGAGAGAGAGAAUUGUGAUGUUCACACUUCUGAAAAUCAAGAACUAGAAUUGCAAGAUUAUAGAUAUGAAGUUCAAGACUUUCAAGAAAAUAUGCAAACUCUUCUCAACAAAGUAACAGAGGAAUACAACAAACUCUUGGUACUUCAGACACAAUUAAGUAAGCUUCAGGGACAGCAGACAGAUGAUGUGAAACUUGAAUUUGCAGAAGAAAACCUACCAAAUGAGGAAACAGAGUUUUUAUCAACCCACUCUCAGAUGACCAAUUUGCAAGACAUUGAUGUCAGUCAUAAAAGCAAGUUAUCUACUCUGCAAGAUAUGGAAAAAAUUAAACAACUUGAAGGACAAGUUCAAGAAUUAGAAAACCUCAUAUCCUCUUUGCAGCAGAAAUUGAAAGAGACUGAGGAAAACUAUGAGGCAGAGAUCCAUGGUUUGCAGGAAAGGCUUCAAGCUAUGAGUGAGUCCACAAUUCAGCCAAGUUUCUCUGUUGACUCAAUGACAAUUACUGAAUCUGACAUACAGAAAACAGUAUACCCUGGAAGUUGUCUAAAACAGAACAUUGAUGGUACAAUAGAGUUUUCUGGUGAAUUUGGAGUGAAACAGGAAACAAAUAUGGUUACAUUGCUGGAAAGGCAAUACCAAGAACGAUUAGAAGAAGAAGUAGCUAAGGUCAUUGUGUCAAUGAGCAUAGCAUUUGCCCAACAAACUGAACUAACUAGAAUAUCUGGGGAAAAGGAAGAUACUACAUCAUCAAAACAAGCACAGGCUCUCUGUCAGCAAGAAGAAGAACGUUGUUUAAAUGAAAUGAAAUUAUCACAGGGUCAGCUUGGUUUUCAGACUUUCAAGGCAGCAGACAUGAAAUUUAAAGAAGAAUUUAAACCACUUAGUAAAGAGUUAGGAGAAGAUGGAAAGGAAGUUCUCUUAUCAAAUAAUGAUAAUCUGGACGAUAUACUAGAAUUGAAGGACCAUGAACUGACUAUUUCAGAAGAAAUAUUCUCCAAAGAUAAAACAUUUAUAGCCAGAGAAUCUAUCCAUGAGGAGAUUUUGGUAUCAAGCAUGGAUGCUUCUAGACAGCUAAUGUUAAAUGAAGAACAGUUGGAAGAUAUGAGGCAGGAACUUGUACGACAAUACCAAGAACAUCAACAGGCAACAGAACUGUUAAGGCAGGCACACAUGCGCCAGAUGGAGAGACAACGGGAAGACCAGGAACAACUACAAGAAGAGAUUAAGAGACUGAAUAAACAGUUAGCCCAGAGAUCCUCAAUAGAUAAUGAAAACCUGGUUUCAGAGAGAGAGAGGGUGCUUUUAGAGGAGCUGGAAGCGCUAAAGCAGCUGUCUCUAGCUGGAAGAGAGAAGCUGUGUUGUGAGCUGCGCAACAGCAGUACUCAAACACAGAAUGGGAAUGAAAACCAAGGGGAAGUUGAGGAGCAGACCUUUAAAGAAAAGGAAUUAGACAGAAAACCUGAAGAUGUGCCUCCUGAUAUUCUGUCUAAUGAAAGCUUGCAUGGAGGAAUUUGGCCCCUAAGAUUUUGGCUUCCCCAUUGGAUCAUCAGUAUGGAGCACAGUCAGUAUGGAACUCAAACAAGAAAGACAGUGUAUGCACUCCAGAAAGCUAAUAACAGACUUCUAAAGAUCCUCUUGGAAGUUGUAAAGACGACAGCAGCUGUUGAAGAAACAAUUGGUCGCCAUGUCCUUGGAAUUCUAGAUAGAUCUAGUAAAGGCCAGUCAUCUGCCAGCUUGAUUUGGAGGUCGGAAGCAGAGACACCUCUAAAGUCUUGUGUCCAUGAGGAACACACAGGAGUUACAGACGAAUCUAUACCCUCCUAUUCUGGAAGUGAUAUGCCCAGAAAUGACAGUAGCAUGUGGUCAAAAGUAACUGAGGAAGGAACGGAGCUAUCACAACGGCUUGUGAGGAGUGGUUUUGCUGGAACUGAAAUAGACCCUGAAAAUGAAGAACUUAUGCUGAAUAUUAGCUCUCGACUACAAGCAGCAGUUGAAAAACUCCUAGAAGCCAUAAGUGAAACUAGUAGUCAGCUUGAACAUGCUAAAGUUACACAGACAGAGUUGAUGCGUGAGUCAUUUAGACAGAAACAAGAAGCGACAGAGUCCCUUAAGUGCCAAGAAGAACUGCGAGAGCGCCUUCAUGAGGAGUCCAGGGCCAGAGAACAACUGGCAGUGGAGCUCAGUAAGGCUGAGGGUGUCAUUGAUGGCUACGCAGAUGAAAAAACUCUUUUUGAAAGGCAAAUUCAGGAAAAAACUGAAAUAAUAGAUCGUCUUGAGCAGGAAUUGUUAUGUGCAGGUAGUAGAUUACAAGAAUUGGAAGCAGAGCAACAGCAGAUCCAAGAAGAAAGAGAGUUAUUAUCCAGGCAGAAGGAGGCUAUGAAAGCAGAGGCAGGCCCCGUUGAACAGCGACUAGUAGAUGCUGCAGUCGAUGCAGCACCUGGAGCAGAAUUAUUACAGGAAACAGAAAAACUAAUGAAGGAAAAGCUAGAAGUACAGUGUCAAGCUGAAAAAGUACGUGAUGACCUUCAAAAACAAGUGAAAGCUCUGGAAAUUGAUGUUGAGGAACAAGUCAGUAGGUUUAUAGAGCUGGAACAAGAAAAAAAUGCUGAACUAAUGGAUUUAAGACAGCAAAACCAAGCACUGGAAAAGCAGUUAGAAAAAAUGAGAAAAUUUUUAGAUGAGCAAGCCAUUGAUAGAGAACAUGAGAGAGAUGUAUUCCAACAGGAAAUACAGAAACUAGAACAGCAGCUUAAGGUUGUACCUCGAUUCCAGCCUAUCAAUGAACACCAAACCAGAGAGGUUGAACAGUUAACAAAUCAUCUGAAAGAAAAAACAGACAAGUGCAGUGAGCUUUUGCUCUCUAAAGAGCAGCUUCAGAGGGAUGUACAAGAACGGAAUGAAGAAAUUGAGAAACUGGAGUUCAGAGUAAGGGAACUGGAGCAAGCCUUACUUGUUAGUGCAGACACUUUUCAAAAGGUAGAGGACCAAAAACAGUUUGGAAGUAUAGACGCUAAAGCAGAAUUGUCUCUGGAAGUACAGUUGCAGGCUGAGCGAGAUGCCAUAGACAGAAAGGAAAAAGAGAUCACAAACUUAGAAGAGCAGUUAGAGCAGUUCAGAGAAGAACUGGAAAAUAAGAAUGAAGAAGUUCAGCAACUACAUAUGCAAUUAGAAAUACAGAAAAAGGAAUCUACUACCCGCCUACAAGAACUUGAACAAGAAAACAAAUUAUUUAAGGAUGAAAUGAAGAAACUGGGAUUUGCCAUAAAGGAAUUUGAUGCUGUCUCUACUCAGGACCAACAUGUACUGUUUGGGAAAUUUGCUCAAAUAAUGCAGGAAAAAGAGGUAGAAAUUAACCGAUUGAAUGAGCAAAUUACAAAACUUCAGCAUCAACUUAAAAUUGCAACAGAUAACAAGGUUAUUGAAGAAAAAAAUGAACUAAUAAGGAAUCUUGAAACCCAGAUAGAAUGUUUAAUGAGUGAUCAAGAGCGUGGGAAGAAAAAUAAAGAAGAAGAAAUAGAGCAGCUCAAUGAAGUGAUUGAGAAGCUUCAACAGGAAUUGGCACAUAUUGAACAGAAGACAUCAGUGGAUGCCAGUUCUCUCCCAGAAGAAGCGGAUAGUUUAAAACAUCAGUUGGAUAUGGUAAUAGCUGAAAAACUGGCUUUGGAACAGCGAGUAGAAACCACUAAUAAAGAAAUGGCCUUUACGAAAAAUGUACUUAAAGAAACCAAUUUUAAAAUGAACCAGCUAACACAAGAAUUAUGCAGCUUAAAGAGAGAACGUGAAAAUAUGGAAAAAAUCCAGACUGUACCAGAAAAAAAUAUUGACAUGGCUAUAGAUCUGAGCAAACACAAACCUGAGCUAGAAGUAGUCCUUCCUGAUGAUGCUCUUAAACCCCUGGUAAAUCAGACUUACGUCAAAUCUUUUGAAGAAAACAGCAAAGUUUCCAUAAGCAGUUUGGAAACAAAGGUGCUACAGCUUGAGAGCAUUAUUAGCGCAAAGGACUUGGAACUUACCCAGUGUUAUAAACAAAUAAAGGACGUACAAGAAAAAGGCCAGUCUGAAACAGAAAUGCUUAAAAAGAAGAUUGUAACCCUGCAGAAUCUACUUGAGGAAAAGGUUGCUGCUGCUCUUGUGAGUCAGGUCCAACUUGAAGCAGUUAAGGAAUAUGCAAAAUACUGUCAAGACAAACAAGCAAUUUCAUUAGAACCCGAAAGAGCACAUAUACAGAAUUUGAAUCAACUCACAGAAAAUGAGAUGGAGUCAAAUGUGUUAGCAUUAACCUUGAGAAUAUCAGAAUUAGAAAGCCAGGUGGUUGAAAUGCAGGCUAGUUUGAUUUUAGAAAAAGAACAAGUAGAAAUUGCAGAGAACAAUGCUUUGGAGAAAGAAAAGAAGCUACUAGAAUUACAGAAGUUAUUGGAGGACAAUGAGAAAAAACAGGGAGGGAAAGAAAGGAGAAGAAGCCCUCAAGGAGAUUUUGAAGUUCUCAGGACAACUACUAAGCUAACUCAUACCAAUGAAGAAAGUGGAUUUUUUGGUCAACUUGAGGCUCUUAGAGCUGAGUCAGCAGCUACCAAAGAAGAACUUGCCACGUACAGAGAGAAGGCAGAAAAGCUUCAAGAAGAGCUUUUGGUAAAAGAAACAAAUAUAGCAUUUCUCCAGAAAGAUUUACUCCAAGUUAGAGAUCAACUGACAGAGGCAGAAGAGAAAUUAUCCUGCUUCUCAGAAAAAGAAGAUAAGACCUCGGUCUUACAUGAACAUGAAAACAGAAAGGUCCGCAUAUUAGAGCCACUUCCUAUUAAAGUGGGUAAAAGCUCUGCAUCCCAGACUGAGGGGACUGUCAAAGUUAAUAAUAGCAAUCAGACUCCACAAAUUCUUGUUAGAAACGCAGGAAUCCAAAUUGAUUUACAGAAUGAAUGUUCAUCAGAAGAAGUCACUGAAAUAAUCAGUCAGUUUACUGAAAAAAUCGAGCAGAUGCAGGAACUACAUGCUGCUGAAAUUUUGGAUAUGGAAUCCAGACAUAUUUCAGAAACGGAAACCUUGAAGAGGGAACACUAUGUUACUGUUCAGUUACUGACAGAGGAAUGUGGUGCCCUGAAGGCAGUGAUACAGUGUCUGAGAUCUAAAGAGGGAUCCUCAGUUCCUGAAUUAAUACAUUCUGAUGCUUACCAAACUAGAGAAAUAUGUUCCAGUGAUUCUGGAUCAGACUGGGGUCAGGGAAUUUAUCUUACACAAAGUCAGGGAUUUGACACAGCAUCAGAAGGCCAAGGAGAAGAAGGUGAAAAUUCAACGGAUUUAUUUCCGAAGAAAAUAAAGGGAUUACUGAGAGCUGUCCAUAAUGAAGGCAUGCAGGUACUCUCUCUCACUGAGUCUCCCUACAGUGAUGGAGAGGACCAUUCUGUUCAGCAAGUUUCAGAAUUUUGGCUAGAAGAGAGAAGAGCUUACCUCAGUACGAUCUCAUCUCUUAAGGAUUUAAUUACCAAAAUGCAAGAACAAAGAGAAGCCGAGGUGUUUGAUAGUUCUCAACCUCACAAGAGCUUCUCAGACUGGCGAGGUGAACUUCUGCUUGCCCUUCAGCAAGUUUUCUUAAAGGAGCGCAGUGUUUUAAUAGCCGCAUUUCAGACUGAGCUAACAGCUCUAGGUACUAGAGAUGCAGUUGGAUUAUUAAACUGUUUGGAAAAGAGAAUACAAGAACAGGGUGUUGAGUAUCGCGCAGCUAUGGAAUGUCUCCAGAAAGCAGACAGAAGGAGUUUAUUAUCUGAAAUUCAAGCACUGCGUGCUCAAAUGAAUGGUAGGAAAAGAGAACAAGAAAAUGAUCAACCAAGCCAAGAACUCUUGGAAUAUAAUAUGCAGCAGAAGCAGUCUCAGAUCCUGGAGAUGCAAGUGGAGCUGAGUAGUGUGAAAGACAAAGCAACAGAAUUACAAGAACAGCUGAGUUCUGAGAAAAUGGUGGUUGCCGAACUGAAGAGUGAACUUGCACAAACAAAAUUGGAACUAGAAACAACACUCAAAGCACAGCAUAAGCACCUAAAGGAAUUAGAGGCAUUUAGGUUGGAAGUUAAAGAUAAAACAGAUGAAGUCCAUUUGCUUAAUGACACAUUAGCAAGUGAACAGAAAAAGUCGCGAGAGCUCCAGUGGGCUUUGGAGAAAGAGAAAGCCAAACUGGGACGCAGUGAAGAGCGGGAUAAAGAAGAACUUGAGGAUCUGAAAUUUUCACUUGAGGGUCAGAAACAAAGAAAUAUUCAGCUAAAUCUACUUUUGGAACAACAGAAACAACUACUAAACGAAUCACAGCAGAAAAUAGAAUCACAAAGAGUGCUACAUGAUGCCCAGUUAUCAGAAGAACGAGGUCGAAACUUAGAGCUUCAAGUCCUUCUUGAAUCCGAAAAAGUUCGAAUUCAGGAAAUGAGCAGUACCCUGGAUAGGGAGCGGGAAUUGCGUGCACAGCUGCAGAGCAAGGAUGAUAGUGGGCAGCCUCGUCCCUCCUUAUCCUCUGAGGACCUCCUUAAGGAGCUACAGAAACAGCUAGAGGAGAAACACAGUCGCAUAGUAGAAUUGUUAAAUGAGACUGAGAAAUAUAAACUGGAUUCUUUGCAAACAAGACAGCAAAUGGAAAAGGAUAGGCAGGUUCACAGGAAGACACUGCAGACAGAACAAGAGGCCAACACUGAGGGCCAGAAAAAAAUGCACGAGCUCCAGUCCAAAGUGGAAGAUCUUCAGCGUCAGCUGGAAGAGAAAAGGCAACAAGUUUAUAAGUUAGACCUUGAAGGAAAGCGACUGCAAGGAAUUAUGCAGGAAUUCCAGAAGCAAGAACUAGAACGGGAAGAAAAACGAGAAAGUAAAAGAAUUCUGUGUCAGAAUCUUAAUGAGCCAACCACAUGGAGUUUAACCAGUGAUCGAACUAGAAAUUGGGUUCUUCAACAGAAAAUAGAAGGAGAGACAAAGGAAUCAGGCUUUCCUAAACUGAUUGAAAUGAAGGGAAGAGGAACUGUCUGUAAUCAGGAAUUAGAAAUGAUCAGACAAAAGCUUCAAUAUGUGGCUUCAAAACUACAGCAUCUAGCCCAGAAAGCCUCCGACAGACUACAGUUUGAAACAGCAGAUGAUGAAGAUUUCAUUUGGGUUCAGGAAAAUAUUGAUGGGAUUAUUUUACAAGUACAGAAAUUAACUGGCCAGCCAGGCGAAGAGUCUAGCUUAGUGUCCCCAAGUACUUCUUCUGGCUCAUUGACUGAAAGACUACUGAGACAAAAUGCUGAGUUGACAAGACAUAUCAGCCAACUGACCGAAGAAAAGAAUGAUUUAAGAAAUACGGUUAUGAAGCUGGAAGAGCAGAUCAAGUGGUAUCAACAGACAGGAGCCGGCAGAGAUUACUCUUCUAGGUUUUCAUUCAGUGGUGGCGCCAACAUUGGAGCCAUCAUUGCUUCUGAAAAAGAAGUCUGGAACAGAGAAAAGUUGACUCUCCAAAAAUCCUUGAAAAGGGCAGAAGCUGAAGUCUACAAACUGAAAGCUGAACUAAGAAAUGAAGCUUUACUUCAGAAUCUGAGCCCUGAUUCUGAAGCCACUAUAAAGAGAAUUUAUGGUAAAUACCUGAGGGCAGAAAGUUUUCGGAAAGCUCUCAUUUAUCAGAAGAAAUACCUGCUGCUGUUACUGGGUGGAUUCCAGGAGUGUGAGGAUGCCACCCUGGCUCUGCUUGCCCGGAUGGGGGGCCAGCCAGCCUUCACGGAUCUAGAGGUGAUCACCAACCGUCCAAAGGGCUUCACCAGGUUUCGGUCUGCUGUCAGAGUGUCCAUGGCAAUUUCGAGAAUGAAAUUUUUGGUUCGACGAUGGCAUCGAGUCACAAGUUCUGGUUCCAUCAACAUUAACAGGGAUGGCUUUGGACUGAGUCCAGGUGCAUUUUGGAUUACUUUAGGUGCUGAAAGGACUGAGCCGUUUUAUCGUCCUUCCGGUGGGCUGGAGCUGUACGGAGAACCGCGACACUCUACCUAUCGCUCAGGAUCAGACCUGGACUGUCCCAGGUCGCCUCUGCCUUUUCACAAUAGGUACCCAGGCCCUCUAGCUGAUUUAAAUCCUGGUUCCUUAGCAUGUUCUCAGCUUCAGAAUUAUGAUCCUGACAGAGCCCUGACAGAUUAUAUCACUCGGCUAGAGGCACUGCAAAGACGACUUGGAACCGUACAGUCAGAUUUCACAAGACCUAGAUUUUGAAGACCAAAAGAUUUCUGAAGAAGCAGAAGGUUCAACUCAGUUUCAUGCUGGCAUGAGAAGAUAAUCCUUUGAAACAUCAUGAAUCGAAGUGAUUUUAAACAAAUUCCCUUUUAUAAAUCAGUGGUUCUUUUGUGCUUUUGUAUUGUGAAUAUUCAAUGGGACCAGUACAAACACAGCUUAUGAUUGUAUACCAAUCCCUUGCCAGCACAUUAAAACAAACUGGAAUUUGUACAUAUAAGCAUUGUGUAUGUAUUCAUGCACAGUAAUCAUUAAAUUACAUGUAUAUUUGUGGAAUGCUAAUUUAAAUGAUUAAAUUAUAAACUUUGUGUAUUUAUCGGAUGGGUGAAAAGAUUAAACUUUUGCGUAUUAUGAUACUGCUGAAUGUGUAGCUUGAGAUGUCCAGCACUUUUCUUAUAAGGCUACUGAAGUUACAUGUUUCUGCCUAAUAUAUUUGCUACUGGUGAUGAAGACAGAUAUCACUUGUAGAGACCUAUUUUUGUAUAAUGGUAGAAGUUUUGAAUUUUAUGGGGUAUUUUGUCAAGUACUGAAAUAAAAAUGACUUCACCAUUUUAACCACA